UUCAACUCACGACUAGCGUAGCAAUAUUGUUACCAUCAAAACUUUUACUUGACUAAAUUUCAAGUUUUCUAUAAUGUAAACGCUCUUCAAUGCAAUUUGAGAGCUUGAGGAUAAUCAUGUUCCCUGUUUGGACAUGUGUGUUUUUGUUACUGGAACCGGUCGCUCGGACUAAAUCUCCUCAAUGCGGAAUCAGACCGACUGAAACAAGUGAGGAAGAGCGGGCGGUAUCUAGCAGGAAGAAUGAUGAUGUGGUCGAACUAGAACGUAGAGUAGUGGGCGGUCACGAGUCUCAAAAAGGACACAAUCCUUGGCUAGUCAAUCUUCGCCAGUCCGUUUGGGAGAGGGGACACAUAGUACCAGAUGACAAAUUCAGCCCCAGUUGUGGCUCAGUCCUCAUCCACGAGAGAUUCGUGCUCACCGCUUCCCACUGUGCACGCCACGCAAUCGCACUUAACCCGAACAUCAAAGGAUCUCAAUCGGUGACUUCGCUACACGUGAACGACUUCCACUCGCACGAAAGGGAGUCGGGAGAGCGUGUGAGAUGGGCAAAACGAGUGUUCAGACACGAGCAAUAUUACAGACCGACGGAAAUCCACGACAUAGCCCUAAUUGAACUGAACGAACCGGUACUGGAUGUGCCCCCCGCGUGUAUCAGUAGAGAAGCACUUGGAGAGGGUGAAAAAGCGACAGUUAUGGGGUGGGGACACACACAAGUUCGAUACACUGGUGCGGACAGCUUACGGGGUUCUUUGCCAUCCUCAUUAAUUCAGAACAGCCAACAUAGGGAAUCCCAAAACCAGUUGCAACCAGAGAUACCACACGAAGUUGAGAUGGGAAUAAUCUCUGGCGCAAACUGUUCCGGAGUGAUGGACAUUCCCAACAAUCAGUCUGUGUUCUGCGCCGGCAGUCUAGAGGGGGGACUGGACGCCUGCCAGGGCGACUCUGGGGGGCCAAUGUUGAAGGAGAGGGGCGGGGCGGUGGAGGUGGUGGGCGUUGUCAGCUGGGGAAUUGGGUGUGGUCAGCCAGGCAAACUGGGCGUGUAUACUAACGUCAGCUAUUACUACGACUGGAUUAACGACCACAUCCACAAAAACAAGGAUGAAAAAAAUAUCGCACAAGAAAAUCAGUUGGAAUAAGAGUGUGAUUUUAAAAAUAAUUCAAAAAAUCAAGGCGGAAACAGGAGGGGUGGAUUUUCGAUUAAAAAAAUUAUUUCUAAUCUAAUUAAAUUUGAUUU